CGAUAGCGGUUCAUUCGGUGCUAAGCUCUCCCCGCGAACGGUCGUGUGCGAUCCCAGAUCUCCGGUCUACGAUCUCCGAUUUUCGGUUUACGUUCUAUACGGUCCCCGAUUUUCGCAGGUAUAGGUAUCGAGCUUUGUUUAGUUCGGUCAACUCCAAAGUCGAGACGUGUCGUCGGGUGCGUGUGUGCGCGAAUCUAAAAGCGAUCCGAAAAGGCAGCGUUCCGAGUUCCACCUCGCCAUCCGUCUAGCUCUGGCCCGAGGAUCCGAGGAUCGACGUCUGCAUGUCUUAUAGAAGCUAAGACAGCAAGAGAGGAAGUAAGAAGGAUCCACUGCCAGCACACCACCCACAUACCCUCUUCACAGCCAUGGAGCGUGCCCACUUGACCGCCUGGUUGGCCCUGCUCCUCGUCGUGGUGGCCGCCGCCACGCCCACUCCCGUUCCCGCUGUACCGCCCACCGACUGCCCGGCGGACUGCAUCUGCAGCCUGUCCCAGCACACACACAAGCCACUGUACCACCUCAAGUGCAGCAGCACCCAGGGCCUGCGGCUGGCCGAGAAGUCCUUCCAGUCGACGGUGCCGGUGCACUCCAUCGAUCUGUCCCACCUGAACCUCACCCGGCUGAGCCAUGUGCUGGACAAGCUGCCGGAGCUGACCUCCGCCGACCUGUCCCACAACGAGCUGACGGACGUGGGUCACCUGGGCAAGGGCCUCAAGCGACUGAGCCUCAAGCACAACCGCCUCACCUCCGACAAGCUGAGGAAGCUGCCGCAGCACCUCCAGGUGCUCAACCUGCAGCACAACAACAUCACCCACCUGCCCCUGGAAUUGACACACAUGCACCAGCUGCGUCAGCUGGAACUCAGCCACAAUGCCAUCAACUGCUCCUGCCAAACGCUGGAGGUGCGCAACUGGCUGGUGGAGCGCCUCGUCUACAUGGAACACCCGGUGAUCUGCUCCUAUCCCCUGGAGUUCAGGGGUCGUCCGUGGCUGCAGCUGAAACAGGACGAGAUCUGCAAGAAGGAGCAGUACCAGUGGUUCGACUCCGAGACCGAUGAGAAUGAGCUGAUGAUGGGCGACCAGCCGGCGGCUGCUUCUGGGGAACAUGAGGAUGAGGAUGAGCUGGCCAAGGACUUCCUGCCAAUUGACCGAAAGAUCGUGGCCACCUCCAAGAAGGCCCGUUCGCCACAGGAGCCCUUGCCCAAUGAUCAGGUUGAAGGAUCCGGAGACCUGAGUGAAACAAACAUGGAGCUUCAGGUGCCCACACAAGAGGUGGCUGAGCCAGAGGCUGCAGAAUCCCAAGUGGCCAAGGCUGUGCUGGACACAAACGAAAUCGAGAAGAAUGUCGUGAAGGACGAUGACGAAGAUGCCGAGGGAUCUGGCAGCGGUGGUGGUGAGUUCGUCAUUCCCGAUGUCUCCAAGGUGAAGAUUGCCUCGGAGGACGAACUGGAUGGCAAGCAGGAGGAGAGCGAUGUGAAGCCAGUGGAGAACCCCGAAACCGUCUUCUCCAACGACAUCGGCAUCUACGAGGGCGCCCAAGAGGAAAAUAAGCCCGUGGAGGAAGAAAUGAUUGUGCCCGUGGUGCUGACCAAACUGGGAACCGGCGUGGAUUCCGAGGUGGUCACCGACGGGCCCCUGGACAGCAGCAAGGAGUCCGAGGAUAUCCUGACCGCCAAGAUGGGCAAGUCGCAAGACGACAGCAGUGCCAUCUAUUAUCUGCUGGCGGUGAUUGGACUGAUUGUGGUGGGACUGGUGCUUUUCGUGGCCAUCAAGCGUUGCAAGUACGACAGCAAUGCCGCCGCCCGGGAUGCGGAGGCCCAGCGGCAGACGGAGCUGCUGGACAUGGACAAGAAGCAGCUGGGCAAGCCGCUGCACAAGAAUGGCCAUGGCAAUGGCCAGGAGCACUCUCCGCUGAUCGGUGAGAAGACCAAGUUGGAUGAGGCUCAGAUUGUGAAGAAGCCGUAUGAGAAUGGCGAGACCAAGGAUGGGGCCAACCAGCAGCCUCUGCUCAAUGGCAAUGGAACGGCCAAUGGAGGUGCCAAGGAGGCCCCCGAGAGCGGAGAGCCCGCCGCCCACGAGUACUACCCCAUCAGUCCGCGCUACCCCACGCCCCAGUCGCCCAGGGCCUCGAAGUACUCCCAGCAGCAGCAGCAGCAGCCCACCGAGCAGAAUAACAACGAACCCGAUGGCGCCUACCUGCCCUCGUCGCCCAAAUCCGGCAGAUACUCGCCGGUCUACUCGCCGGAGACGGGUCGCGUCAAGAUCAAGCUGACGGAGACCCCCAAGCCCAAGACACCCAUGCUGGUGACGCGCAGCAAGUCGAAUGCCGGGGACAUCAUCACCACGCCCGUCAGACCCAUCGAACCCACCCACCAGGUGGUGCCCAUCAAUGGCCACUGAUUCCAGCUGGCCCCGAAACUCUCGACACAGCCCGACCUUUCCGACACGCCCUCCUCUUCGAAUGGAUUUCACAGAGGAACUGUGUUCCACGGAUGAACAUGGGAUCCCAUUCUGUUUGAACGGUUUGAAAAAGAAAGAAGACGGGGGUGUAAUCCCUCCUCAAGCAACAUAAAGCAGCCCAACAGCAACAUAUCUGCAGCAGCAACAGCUGCAACAACAGCAACAUCUAGAAUAAAAACCCGAGGCCAAGGCGACGACAGCAGCAAACUAUUCGCGUUAAGCACCCAACUCCCCCUCUUAAGUGUGUCCGACAAGUAGUGUUUUAGCCAUAAGUAAAUUAAUUACUCCUAAGCGUAAAUCUAGUUUAAUACCAAAGUUAAAAAAUAUAUGCGUAUGAAAUGAAAACGAUCAAGUGGCAACAAACGGCAAGGAGAUAACUCUUUCAAAUAAAAUAUAAAAACGCUUUCGACCUGCAUCUGCAUGUGAUGUUCACACCAUACUUAUGUAACUAUAUGUACUUUUAUAACCUACCUACAUACUGUAAACUACUUAAGCCUCGUUCUCUUGUGAAAUUAUUAUGUGUGAAUUCAUUAAAUGCGAGCGAAUUUUGAAAUUAA